AAGCUACAGCGCGUCUGGAAACCAGGAACGGAGCACAGGCGUUUUGGGAGAAAGCGUCGACAAGAUCAAUUCUGCAUCUUUACCUGCAGCACGGGCCGACAAACAACAACUUCAGUGGCCGUUUUGCUUUUUCUUUUCUUAGGUUACUGAGGCGGUCAGCUCACCUCUCUUCCUCUCUUUCUCCAAGUGAACUUUAUAGGGAUGUUAUAUCAGAGCAUCAUCGUGCUGAAUGUCCAGAUAGUGUUAAAGUAAGUGUAGGACGGAUGUGAAGGGUGAACGACGGGAGAGACUCGCUCCUCUUCUUCGUCUUCUACUACUUUUUAGUGGUUCGGUUUGAUACACAAGAGCAAAAGAUACGGAUAGACAGUGUGUGUGUGCAGGAGCGAGCGAGCGAGCGAGAGAGAGAGAGAGAAGUCGCACAGGUUUUUUUGGAGCUACGCUUUCAUGCCGUCAGUCUUGCGGACUGUGAGAUGGACGUCAGAUUUUAUCCAGCUCCCCCUUCAAGCGUGGGUUCAUGUACGUUACCGACUGACUCCGGUUUGGACUAUUACCACUCCAACAAGAGCAGAUACGGUGCUGCAGAACGAGGUGUGAGACUCUACAGUUCCCUGCCCAUGCGCCCAAACCCUGACGGCAAGAGACUGCCCUCUACUGGGUUUGAUGGUGACAACAUGUACAUGAAUGAAAACAACCAUGAGUUCCUCCCGCCAAACCAGAGCUACACAGGUCAGACUGGUGGCGGCGGGGGAGGAGGCGGAGGUGGCGGCACUGGCAGUGGGAAUGGAGCCGGGGACGAGGACUAUGAGAUCCCCCCCAUCACUCCACCCAACCACCCCGAGCCUCCUCUUCUUCACCUGAUGGAGCACGACUCUACAGGCUACCUCUGCCACUCGCUGCCACACAAUGGGCUCAUCAACCCGUAUUCCUACCCAGAGCUGCCCACACUCAUGAUGUCGAACAUGCUGGCACAGGACAGCCACCUCGUUUCCAGCCAAAUGCCCACGAUGCAGGAGAUGUCUUUGCACCACCACCAACAGCAACACCAUCACCAGCACCCAGACGGCGCUCAUUAUGACCCCGCCCGUAACCACCCCCUGAUAAACAACUCACCUCCGAUACUGCCCAACCCCAUGAGUGCACUGUCCCAGCUAAACUCUCAGGUCAGCCGGAGUGCACUGCCUCAUGGCUCCCCCUCACCUCCCGGAAGUAAAUCAGCCACACCCUCCCCCUCAAGCUCCAAUCAGGAAGAGGAGACUGAUCCUCAUUUGAAGAUCACAGGCGAGAAGCGGCCGUCUUCAGAGAUGAUGAAGCCCAAGCCCAAACCCCAAAAAAAGAAGAAGAAGAAGGAUCCUAACGAGCCCACAAAGCCUGUGUCAGCCUACGCCUUGUUCUUCAGAGACACCCAGGCAGCCAUUAAGGGACAGAAUCCCAAUGCCACCUUUGGUGAUGUAUCCAAGAUAGUGGCCUCUAUGUGGGACGGACUGGGAGAGGAGCAGAAACAGAGCUACAAGAGGAAAACAGAGGCUGCUAAGAAGGAGUACCUGAAAGCCCUGGCCGCCUACAGAGCCAGCCUGGUUUCCAAGACAUAUAAUGACCCAGGGGAGACAAAAAGUGCCCAAACAAGCCAGGCUUCUCCACAUAUGAUGCCAGCCAACACGCCCCUGUACAGUGUGCCACCUCCUCCCCAGCCGUCGUCGCCCUACCUGGGGCCCGGGGCCUUCCCUCUCACUGACCUGCAGAGCUACGCAGGACACGCCCCUCGCCACACCCUGUCGCAGACACUCAGCCAAUCGCAGAUGUUGCCCAGCAUUAGUGCCUCUCCCCCCUCCUCCUUCCAGAUCAGCCCACCCCUUCACCCCCACCAGCAGCUCUCCCUGCACCAGAGCUCGCUCCUCAACCAGCCUAUCCGCAUGCAGCAGGUCCAGUCCCAGCCAAUCAUCUCUCACCAGAUGGGGCUGCAGGCCUCUCUUCACUCCCCACCUCCUGGGCAGCAGGGUUUUUCCCACCUCCAGUCAGAGUAUCAGAAGAGCAUUGGGGGUUCCCAGUCUCCAGGAGCCCCUGGCCCUGGUCCAGGUCCUGGAGUGGCUCAGAGCCAUGACUGGGACAGUGAAUACUGCAAUCGGGAGUGUGGCAACCACUGCAGUGGCAGCAUGAUAGGCAGGGACAAGCCACUCUACCUCACCUGAAACUGAAGAUCAUACUCUGUCGACAAAUACGACACCGAGGAGUCUACUCUCACUCUCACCCCCACCCCGCAUCCCCCUCACCCCCCCCCCCUCCCCUCCACAACCCUCUUCUGAUGCACACUUAACAUACAGUUACAUGCUAUUUCAUACAAACACACAUACACACAUACACACACACACACAUUCUGCCUCCCAAACACCAUCACCACCACCUUUUUUUGUCAAUGUAAUUAUUAUUUCUCAGUUUCUAGACGAAUUUGUGACCAGAGUUUUUUGACUAGAUGACUACUGUCUGUACCACUUAAUGUAUUAGCAGUCCUCUUGCUGUUUAAAUUUGCCAAGCACUUAUAAAGGCCCCCACCCCUCUCUCCUGCCCCUGCCCCUGCCCAUCCCUGCCUCCUCUUUCUGAGUUGUGUGUCUGUGCCCUCUCCGAUACAGGCUGGGCUGUUGAGCACUCCUCUUCUAUGUCACCAUCAAAGUCCCCUCAGGGACCCCAUCCAGCUUUAAUUAGAAUGAGAAGAAAAAAAAAACUACUUUUCCUCUUCUUUAAUCAUUUUAAUUUCCUUUUGUGUUUUUUUCCCCCUUUUUGUUGUUGUUGUUGUUGCUGUUUUAUUUAUUUCUGGCUUGCAAAAUUGUUCCUCUUUUUUUGCCAAUAAGCGUUGGGCCCUGUACUGUAGAGAAAUAUUAACUUCUAGUAGGUUCAGCACAGGCCUUGAUGUUAUGGUAGCUUUGCUUAAGGGCCUGCAAAUUAAUACAAAAAGCUUGGGUGGGGAAGAGAAAAAACAAAAAGAAUCUUUUUUUAAUAUUAAAGACCUGUUUAGGUCUUCUGAGCUGUCACAGUGUGAUUGUAAAUAUCACUUUUAUGGGAUCAAAUUGGGAAUUGGAAGUCCAGAUAGAUUUGUUUCUUCUUUAAUAUUACAUGUAAGUCAUUUGUGUGUGCGUGUGCGUGUGCGUGUGCGUGUGUGUGUGUGUGUGUGUGUGUGUGUGUGUGUCUGGACGUUAGAAUGUACCCCAUUCAUAACGUGUGCAGUUGAGCGUGUACGUGUGUUACGUGCACGGACACACACUUGCAUGCGAGAGUGUUUCAGUGUUCGAGUGUCGAGUCUUUCUCGUGAAUUUUAACAGCCUUGUGCAGCUGGAUUUCAGAGGAGUAUUUCACACUCUCGUUCUUGCAUUAAAUCUGUGCUCGCUGGUGUGUUUUUUCCAAUAAAGUUCAAUCUAAAACUGAA